CCGAAACAAAAAAAAAGGAUCAAAAAUUGAAGUAUCUCUUUACCUUUGCCCACAAUUCUAGAGAGAAAAAGAGGGUCUGCUUUGGCGGUUGGAAGUAGCAGUUGCUAUCAAAAACAUUGCUUCAUAAACAAAACCUCAGGUGUUAGAUUAGGCCAACCGUUAUCUUCUAUAUCUUCUUCUUCUUCUUCUCUUUGAUUCUUCAAACCAAAGCAUUAACAAAUAAAGAUUCCUUUUUGUUAUGGUUUGAUUUAUUGGUCGCCAUCUCUCGCCCAACUUCACCUUCUCUGACAUAAUCACUACACCUUCUUCCUCUCUGUUUCUAUAUCAGAAACUUCAUCUUCCUCUCAAGUUUUCUCAUUUCACACUCAAAUUCAAUUCCCUUUGUUCGUGAGGUUGAAUUUCGGUUGCAAACAUUUGGGUUUGUUGUAAAUUAAGGUUCCGUUUGUAAAAGAGAUUCCUUUUUAUUUGGGGAAAUCGAGGAGUUCGUGUACGGAGCUGAGUUUUUGCCUUUUUGAUGGUUGCAGAUAAGGUAUUUGAUUAUAUUCCUCAGUGAAGUUUCAUGUGUGUUAUUCUUUUGUUAUUGUUGUUGGGUCAUGGAAAUUUCAUGACUUUAAUUCUUUUUUUUCUUUCAUGUGUGUUUCAUGAUCAUUUCGUGUAUAUAGUUAAGGUUCCAUGUGUGUGUGCUCAUAACUUAUAAACCUUUGUUGCAGAAUCUCAUUUAAUUCUUCUCUCUAUGCAAUCUUUUUUUGUUUGUUUGUCCUGUGAAGGUCUAAAAUCUUGAAGGAUUCAAAAAUUUCCGAUGAAUACACGUUAUUCCAAUCAGCCGGAGUUAUCUUCUAGUAAUAUCACGAUCACUAUUUCAUCGUCUGCUUUGUUAAGCUCCUCACCGCGAGGCGAUAACAGUCAUGUUGCUGCUGCUAAUGGUCAAGAGAGGUCUCCAUCUUCGUUUUAUAUAAGGCUGGCUAUGAAGGUAUCUAGAGCUAGAUGGUUCAUCUUCUUGAGAAGAGUGUUUCACUACCAGAACGGUUCAAGAUCUGACCUUGGGUCUAAUCCUUUCAAUUCUAGCACUUGGAUGAUGUCUGAGCUCAUUGCUCUACUUGUUCAGCUCACUGUGAUAACAUUCACUCUAGCUAUCUCCAAAGAAGAGAGACCAAUUUGGCCAGUGAGGCUAUGGAUCACAGGAUACGAUGUGGGAUGUCUUUUGAAUCUCAUGCUGUUAUAUGGUCGGUAUCGUCAACUAGACAUUAACCAAGGAAAUGGGUUUGUCCUUGGCGAUGUUGAGCAGCAACAGAGAGGCAGAGAAGAAACUAGGUCCUCUCACUUGAUGAACAAAUGCAGAACGUCGCUAGAGCUUUUCUUUGCGAUUUGGUUUGUGAUUGGAAAUGUUUGGGUGUUCGAUUCUAGGUUUGGUUCUUUCCACCAUGCUCCCAAGCUUCACGUUCUCUGCGUCUCUCUUUUAGCUUGGAACGCUAUCUGCUAUUCCUUUCCCUUUCUUCUCUUCCUCUUCCUCUGUUGCCUUGUUCCUCUCAUAAGUAGCCUCCUUGGAUAUAACAUGAACAUGGGAUCCUCAGACAGAGCAGCAUCAGAUGACCAAAUCUCUAGUCUCCCUAGCUGGAAAUUCAAACGAAUCGACGAUAGUGCUUCUGAUUCUGAUUCAGAUUCAGCUACUGUAACUGAUGAUCCAGAGUGUUGUAUAUGUUUGGCAAAGUAUAAAGACAAAGAAGAAGUAAGGAAGCUUCCAUGUUCACAUAAGUUUCACUCAAAGUGUGUAGAUCAAUGGCUUCGUAUCAUCUCUUGUUGUCCUCUCUGCAAACAAGAUCUUCCAAGAUGACAAAGCAAAUACCCUAAAAGCAACAAAAGCUCAAUAUAAUUUUUUUCUUUCUCAGUUUUUUUUUUUUUUAGUUUUGGAUUGAAGCAAAGUCGAUUACUUGUGUGAGUGUCAAAUUUUUUGUACAUAAAGAGCUCACCAGUAAUCGUUAUGUACAUUGUGAGUAGAUGAUGCAAAUCACAAUGGCAACAACUUUAUAGAAUCUUAAUAUAGUGUUUAUACUACAUAUUUUGUUUUUUCUCUCGUCUCAUUUACAUAUCUUGAUGUAUAUAUUUUUUUAUAUGUUCAAUUUUUUUUUUUGCAAUUUAAAACUGAAAACCCA